UCUGUCCUUUUAGAAUAGACAUCAGAAAUCUUGCAACUGGAGCCAGCUGCUGAGAUGAUCCACAGCCUCUUCCUCAUUAAUCACUCUGGAGACAUCUUCCUGGAGAAACAUUGGAAGAGUGUCAUCAGCAGGAGUGUGUGUGAUUACUUCUUCGAGGCCAGGGAGAAGGCAGAGGGUCCAGAAAAUGUGCCCCCUAUCCUACAGACCCCACACCACUUUCUCAUCUCUAUUUACAGGGGCAAACUCUUCUUCCUGUCUGUUGUCCAAACUGAAGUCCCCCCACUUUUUGUCGUUGAGUUCCUGCACAGAGUGGCAGACACAUUCCAGGAUUACUUUGGAGAAUGUUCAGAAAGUGUGAUCAGUGACAACGUGGUGAUUGUUUACGAGCUGUUGGAGGAGAUGUUGGACAACGGGUUUCCGUUGGCGACAGAGUCCAACGUCCUCAAGGAGAUGAUAAAGCCUCCCACCAUCCUGCGGUCGGUCGUCAAUACGCUGACAGGAGGAAGUAAUGUUGGCAAUGUACUACCAACAGGACAGUUAUCUAUAAUUCCAUGGAGGCGGGCUAGUGUGAAAUACACCAAUAAUGAGGCAUAUUUUGAUGUGAUAGAGGAAAUUGAUGCUAUUGUGGACAAAUCUGGUACAACGGUGUUUGCAGAGAUCCAGGGUGUGGUUGAAGCAUGCGUCAGGCUCUCUGGGAUGCCUGAUCUCACCCUGUCCUUUAUGAAUCCCCGGCUUCUGGACGACGUGAGUUUCCACCCAUGCGUGCGGUUCAAGCGCUGGGAGGCGGAGCGCGUCCUGUCUUUCAUCCCGCCGGAUGGAAACUUCAGACUCAUGUCGUAUCACGUCAGCUCUCAAAAUCUUGUAGCCAUUCCGGUGUAUGUGAAGCAGAACAUCAGCUUCUUAGAUACAGGAUCUUGUGGUCGUCUUGAAAUCACGAUUGGACCUAAGCAGACCAUGGGGAAGACGGUGGAAGCUUUGAGGGUCACUAUCCACAUGCCUAAAUCUGUGCUCAGCGUCAAUCUCACAGCCUCUCAGGGGAAUCACACGUAUGACCUAACCACCAAGGUACUGGUUUGGGACAUUGGGAAACUCAACCCCCAGAAGCUCCCAAACCUGCGAGGCAGUCUGAGUAUGCAGACUGGAGUCCCAAAACCAGAAGAGAACCCCUCAAUCAACAUAGAUCUGAAGAUACAGCAACUGGCCAUAUCAGGUCUCAAAGUGAACCGUCUCGACAUGUAUGGAGAGAAGUACAAACCGUUUAAAGGGGUCAAAUAUUUGACCAAAGCGGGAAAAUUCCAAGUGCGGACCUGAGUAAUGGUGCACAAUCCGCACCAUCGGAUCUAAUGUAUCAAACGGAUGACAAGGUUACCACACUCCUGAGUUAUCUCUCUAAUAAGUCUUACAUAUUUACAGGCACAUUAUUAUAA